AUGCCACGCUCAAAGUCGCCCGUCCUCCCGAUCUCCCUCUUCGACAUCUUCCUCGGCUCUGGACGCGUCAUCCGCAGACCAACUGGCCCACCAGGAGUUCCCGGCAAGACCGAACUCGUUCGAGUGCGCAGACGCGUCAGUGGUCAGAAGACCAGCGGCGAAGAGCCCAAGGCAGCCAGCGCCAAAGAAAGCAACAAGGAGAACGCUCCUUCUGGUUCCAAGCACAGCAACACCAAGAAAGAAGACGCCAAAUCCAGCGACAAGAAAGACGACAACAAGUCUACCAGCAAGAAAGAAGACAAAAAGUCCGAUUCCAAGCCAUCCAACGAUAAAGCCGCGGAUGCAAAGAAAGUCACCGACAAGCACAAGACCAACGGCAAUAAACCUCAAGCUGCUGCUCAGAAACCUUCGGAGCCUGUCUUCACUGCAGAAGAAGACGCAAAGCUACUACUCAUGAAGACCGAAGGCAAACCUUGGGCAGAGAUUGCUGCAGCUAUCGGCAAGACCAAGAAACAGACCACUAGACGCUUCGGCGAGAUCAAACCUGAUGACUGGCAACAACAGAAGGGCCAGCACGGUAUCGACAAAGCUGGGGUUGUUGAUGAGAAGAACAAUAAGGCCGCAGAAAAGCAAGUUGCCAAGAUGGACAAGAAGAACAACAAGGUUGAGGAACUCAAGAGCAAAUCGAACGCUAUUGAGAACACGAGACUCGAGAAGACUCCGUCAGCUGCAAUUCUCCUGGGCGGCAAGCUCAACCAUCAACAUGCCCACGCUCAUCGUCACGAAGUCCGCGUAGACCACCAUCACCACCUGCACGAUGCUCAACCUCACCGCACCCACCACGACACCCGUCACACCCGCCACGACUCAGCCCACGUCCCCCACCGCUCUCGCAGCCGCAACCGCCCACACAAAUCCCACCAACGUGCUGCAGCCUCCGUCACCCCAUCCUCACGCACAGCCUACACAAUCAAAACCAUGCCUUCGCUUGCCGAAGAUGACCUCUUCUCCUUUGGCGAACUCCAAGCCCUGUCUGAAUUGAUCGGCAAGGACAUGGAGGGAAUGUGGCAUCGUGUCAGUGCUGCUUUCUUUGGCAUGACUGGAAGAAGAAUCGCUGCUGAGGAUAUCAGGGAAAAGUUUGCCGAUUUGGAAGUCGAGUAG